AGCGUGGUUUGUGUAUAGCUGGAGGGCUUCCCUCUUGGAAAUUCUGGGAUUAAUGACACAUUAAGCCCUCUCCAAGAGAGUGGAUUGAAAAGAACGAAAGAAAGAAAAAAAAAAAAAAAAAUUGAAACAGGCAGGCAGGCUGAUGGCUUUUCCCACAAAGUUUAGUACUUCAAAAGUUAACUUCUAAGCGACUGCAGAUGCAUGGAUAAAACCUAUCUUGGACAACAUGCAGCAGCACUUUCCUUUCCAUCAGCAUCUCCAACUUGUUGCCUACCUCUGUUGGAUUCCCUUGUUGGCCAUUAGCACUGAGUCAGCUCCAUUAGCUCCCGAGUGCUCCCCGGAGGGACACCGCAUCCUCCGCAAUCCUUACCGCAGCACCAGGUUUGACUCGCUGGAGCUGCAGCGAACGGCGAUUCAGGACCUGGUUUGUGACCACUCCUUGCCACCAGGAUGGUACCGUUUCAUGAUCGACAACAGGCCUGCGGAAAUGCCAACGAGAUGUGUCGAAAUGAAUAAAUGCGGGACACAAGCUCCGGUGUGGCUGUCGCUGAAGUCUGAAUCCCUGCCGGUUCCCGGCGAGAGCAAGCGGCUCACGGCCUGUGCUACCUGGCAGGUCUUCUUCGGGGGCACCAAGGACUGCUGCUUGUUUCGGAUACCCAUUGCCGUCAGGAACUGCGGCGAAUUCUUUGUGUACCUCCUGCAGCCUACUCAAGGAUGCAUGGGCUACUGUGCAGAAGACAAACUCACAAGCCUGGCUUUGCAACCAGUGAUAACUCCCGAGCUUGUGCAAGGUCGCGUCCACCUGAAGUGCACUUUCAGCCGCCCCUCCUCAAAGCUGCCGCUACAGUACAUGGUGGUCUGGUCGCGCCUGUCCACCCCUGGCAAGAAAGAGCAGAUUCAGCGCGACGCCACCCUGCAGUCAUUUUCCUACGUCGAGAUGAACGGCGUAAAUCUCAAAUUGGGAGACACGGUCUUUUGCACUGUCACCGCUUUUACAAGGGACACUCUUGAGCAGCAGUCGUUGCCUGAAGAGAGCAAAGGUUUCUAUGCUGGGAUUAAGUUUUUACCAGAAUCAUUACAAAUUGCAGAGGAUGGCAAAGAGCAUGUUUUGACCGUUCUGAGCACUGUACCCAUUGCCUGUCCUGGGCAUGAUGAUUCCUGUAAAAUUACGUUACAGCUAAGUACUGAGGAUUUGGGUAUUGAUAAAGCCUUUCGACAUCUCAGCGAGAAUGAAUGCAUGGUCCAGGAGCUCUCAAAUAGCCAAUUACUGGGGCCCCCAAACAUCGCCCUUUCAGCAUGCCAGGUGGAUCUGCUGCGGGCGCCCUGCUCGGAAAGCAGCUGUGCAGCAGCCGCGCUGACAGUGACAGCCGUGACAGACUUUGCGCAGGAUGGGAACCGCAUCAGCCGCAUCAGAGCUGAGCCAGUCACAGUUCGAGACCUCCCAACAGGGAACUGCUACUCUUUCACUGAUCCACACAUUAUCACAUUUGAUGGAUGGCGCUACGAUAACUAUAAAAUCGGCACUUUCCUUCUGUGCCGGAGCGUGUCGCGGGCAUUUGAAGUGCACGUUCGGCAGUGGGACUGCGGAGGCCACCGCUCCGCCACCGCCUGCAAUUGCGGCGUAGCUGCGCGAGAGGGGGGUGACACCGUGGUGCUGGACACCUGCAAUGGCCAUUUUCGGGAGAGCAGACCCCAGCUAGCUGUCAAAAGCACUGAGGCAUCACCACAUGUCAAAAUCCUUAAGUCCUAUGGAGGGAGAAAAAUAACAAUCCUGUUCCCUUCGGGAGCGUUUGUGCGAGCCGACGUGAGCGAGUGGGGAAUGGGUUUGACGGUGAGGACACCGGGCAGCGACUUCAACAGCACCAGAGGUUUGUGUGGCCUCUUUGAUGGGAUCAGUCACAACGACCUGAGCAAUGUGCCCGAGGAAGACUUCAUAGAGGAGUGGAGAAUACCUCCAGGGAAGAGUUUGUUUGACAAGACUCCAGCACCUUCUGGGGGGAAGCAAAGGAAAAAUUACUGCAGAUGUCAAAAGGAGAGCACUAAGUCUGUGCCCGUGGUAAACACGCGGAAUGCCUUUCAGACCCCUUUCCCUCAAUCCUCUGGUUGCCAUUAUGAUCAUGUGGAUUACACCUCUGCAAUCCCGUAUCUAGAUGUUACGUCAGAAUUUGUCACUCACUCAGAAAUAGAGUCUACUUUAAGAAAAGAUGAGAAACCAUCGACCAAGUCUUUUGAGCAAAGAUAUCUGCCUAAAUCAGUCCAAAAGCGAGGUAGCCCCGACGACCGGGUAAAACCCCUUGCACACAAUGUUUCCAUGAAAAAAAACAGUUCCAUUAGCUCUACCAAAAAAACAGAAGACCUACAGAGAGCAAAAAGGCAAGAAGACUAUUAUGAGUACUCAUCCUUUCACCCAUUGCAUGGCCCAAGCCAGAGAGACUCAGAGAACUUUGCAUAUUUUUUCCCAGAGGAUUACUUUGAAGGGAUUCGGAUGAAACUUCCACUGGCAUGGCCCACUCCCAGUGGCCUAACCGCUGCCAAAGCUCGGGAUAUUUGCCACCAAAUUCUUGCAAAUUCCACCAUUGGCUUAGUGUGUAAAGGUCUCCUUGGAGAACAGAUGGAUGAGACAAUUGAUAUAUGCCUUUUAGAUCUGCAGCUCAAAGAUGACAUGGCUUGGGUGAGGGCACUGAUAGCCCUUUUGGAAAAUGAAUGUGAAAGAAGAGUGCUAGGAAACAGAAACAGAGCGUUUCACGUAGGAAACCAGCCAUCUGCUACCCAGGAGGAAAUCCUCACUGUCCUCCGGUGUCCCGCUUUCUGUAACGGCAAUGGACAAUGUACUGAACUGGGCUGCCAGUGCUUUGAAGACCACAGCUCCUAUGAUUGUAGCAUUGCCAAAAAGCAAGCUUUGGAAAUCACAGGCUUAGAGAAUGGGGGCCUCUGUGACGUCCGAGCCUCUGACUGCACCAGGAUCCGGGUGUUCGGCCUCGGCUUCAAAGAGUCGCCCAACCUGCACUGCGAGGUCACCAGAUUACUUUGCAGUGUGAUCCACCAUGUGAGCAUGGAGGAACUUGUCUAUCUCAAAAUACUUGUUCUUGUGCUUAUGGAUUUGUUGGUCCUCGAUGUGAAACAAUGGUGUGUAACAGACACUGUCACAACGGCGGGGUCUGUGUGUCGCCAGAUGAGUGCAAAUGCAGAAAUGGAUGGAGCAGCCCUUCUUGCGAAAGAGCUGUUUGCAUUCCCCCUUGUAAGAACGGCGGUCACUGCGUUCGAACCAAUGUGUGCUCCUGUACCGAGGGCUACACUGGAAGAAGGUGUCAGAAGAGAACGCACUGCCAUCUCGUGGAGCGUGGGCCGGGAGGCAGCGCGGCCAGCCAGGCUGACGGUGCGGGAGGCAACAGGCUCCAGCCUCCGCCACCUCGGCCUCGCCGCCCCCAGGAACGCCACCGCCGAUGGACAUCGUCUUUCUGUGCACGCAGAGACCGGUUAA